AUGGAAGGGCCAUCGAAGGAAAACAGAGCCAAAGCUCCAAAGGAAAUAGUUCUCAUGGAAAAUGUCGAUAUCACUGUUCCGAGAGACGCCUAUUUAAUCGAUGUUAUUAUGCACUUGGGGCCAAGCACGUUCAUUCAAAAAAAGAGGUUUUUGGUGACACCAGACGGUAAUUUCAAGAGACUGUGCGAUGAGUUCGAGAAAAAGUUUCAUUUCGGAGAGGAUUUGGGCAAUCAGUUCUUCUUCUAUGCGCACGUGAAGCAACGCUGGCUCAUUCAAAACGACGAGACAUUCCUUUUGGCGUUGAAAAACUUUGGAAUUAGUCGCGGCAACACGAGAGAGCCUCUCAUAAUCACCUUGCUGAAUUGUGCGGCUGCGAAGCGAAACGCUAGCCAAGGAUUCCCCGGAGAAUACAAGAUUUACCGUGAAAUUUUCUCUGUUACCCCGGAAAACACGCACUCGUACAUUUUGGGCCAAUUGGCACAUAAAGCGAGCAAUAAUGUUCCCGACAUGUCGUCGAUUAUAAAUGAGUACAAGAAACUUUCGGGACCACACAAGAUUUCUCUUGAUAAGAACGGCGAAUUGGAGAAGUAUUUUAGCUUCUUGUGUCGCGAUGGCAAGCAGAUCGACUAUUUGCUCAUGUCUCGCGCCGAUUCUGGCGAUACGUACGACUUCCAAAUCAUUUGGAAGCGCGAGAAGAAAGAUGUUGCCAAAAAAUAA